AUGAAAGAAAGCCAAGAAGGAGAGGACAGGAGAAGCACAGAAGAUUCCCACGGGAAGGACAAGAAUAAAGUGGUUGUCAGUGCUAAGCGUUGCCCGUUGGCUAGCCGCUCCGGUGGGGAUCUGCCUGCCCUGGGGGCGCCGCCCGCGCUCCCCGCGGUGCUCCUGCUCCUGGGCUGCGCCAGUCCGAAGCGGUGCCGGCUCCUUUGCUUCACCGAGUCGCAGAUGCUGCGGGAGCCUCCGGGGAAAGAUCUGGGCAGCGCGCUCGCUGGCGUGGGGAGGCUGGGCGCCACCGCAGAGGGCAGCUCGCUGGCGGCCGUCCUCUACCCUCAAUCCCCACUAGAGAUUCCUCACCCCUGGACUGUCCGCGCGGGCGUGUGCCCAAGCCCCAAGGCGAGGGCAGCCCGAGUGGCCGUCGCUGCUGUGGGGCCGCAUGCCGGGCACCGCACCAGGCGUCUAGCAGGUAGUGGUAGGGAAGGUAGAGCUGCGCUUGCGGCCGGUGCCCAGUUACCGGCGAUCUGGGACGCUUGGAGACACCUGGUCUCCCGGAAGCGCCCUUCGGAAAUGGGAUUCGACCCGGCUUGCGGGCGGCGGGUGUUUAGAACAGGAGGCUGCGGGCGAGCAGCCCCUCUCUGGGCUCUCGGACUCCUCUUAGCCCCCUCGUGGCCUGAUGGGCGGCCGGGACGGAGGUGGGCUGUAAGCCCGCCGGCACCCACCGUGUCCUGUGGAAUCCUUGGAGACCUGAGCCAGGCUCUACUGGGUUAG